UAAAAUCGCACUCGCACCCUGUGCGUUAUUUCUGAACUCGGCCCAGUUGUAAUAAAACCGUCACCCGGAGACAGAUGACAUAAGAAGAAAGUUCUCGUUUUGUGGUUCUCGUCUCGUGACCCUAACCUUGAAUGUGCAUGUUUGAUGUUUGGGUUUUUUUAUUUGUUUUGUGUUUGUAAAGCAGAAAGCAUACUCAAUCUUUUGUUCUUAAAUGCUCUUCGUCGUUGACCGCCAUAAUAGGUACAUGUGCCCGAGCUAUCCAUCUAGUUCUAACACUAUCUUAUAUCAUCAUACCAUACCAAGCUCAAGGAAUAAGCUGUGGAAUAAGCCCCAUUGAGUGCGAUUAGAUAUACAGAAAAUAUCUAGUAUAACAUGGAUUUCUUGGAGACCUUCGAGCAUUAUUCUAAUGCUCUUGGCAAUCGUCAUGUUGUUACGCUAUUAUGGAAAGAAAUAACUCAUGGAGAAAGAGCCGGUGAUAGCUUGGAUACAAUAAUUGAUUACAGUUUUCAUCAUCCUAUUGACCUCACCUCAUUUCUUGAGGAACUUCAUGAAAAAUUUGAAGAAUCUAUGAAAGAGGAUCUCAGAGCCAUAUCAGGAAGCCUUAAAGCCUACAUGCUUACAUUUUUAUAUUAUUGCAUGGGUACUGAUCAUAUCACUGUUCCACACAGAUGUAGGCUGCUCGCCGCUGAAUUGUAUGCUAGAAUGAUUACAAUUCCUUCGGGAAUCGGAAUAGUAUUCUAUGAGAGAAAUCUUUUGUUAAUGGCAUUGAUGAAUAUUAAUUCAAUUGCUAAAAAUGUCUCCUGUCCAACAGAUCAUGUAAUAGUGAUUUUGAAACUUUUACAUAAGUUUUUGCUAGGAUACGAUGAUGCAACAGUUUAUAAUAUUAAAGCUUUUGCUAAUACCUAUGCCAAUAUUAUCAAAGUUAGAGGUAUUAAAGGAGAUAUAAAACAAUGUAAUGACCCCAUAACAAAAUUUUGUCUUAAUGGAAUAAAAGACUUGGUAUCAGUAAAAGAGCUUCCAAAGCAAUUAAGUGGUAUAAUGGAAAGCCUUCUAAGAUGCUUAUGUCGUGAUAAAAAUGAUGACAGGAUUGCGCAAGGCCGAAGAAUACUUGCAGUUAAUACCACAAAACAAUUUGUAGAAUACUAUCUAUUGGUUGAAGUUGACCCAAAUAAGUCUCAAUAUUUUUUGGAUUCCUUAUUUUCUAUAUUUGGCAAUGAAGAUUUCGAUCUAGUUGAGGAAUGUGUCGAAAUCAUCAAUCUGUUGAAUCAGCAACUUUACAAAGAAUUGUUAAGAAGGAUUCCAAAUUAUUUAGAAUCCAUAAACCAUGAAAAGUAUUAUGACAAUCUAAUGGAACUUAUUUAUCAUAUGUUCAAAAAUCCUCACCCAAAAAAAUUUCCAAAACUCGACGUUUUAUUUCUUUUAUGCUUCAAAUCAAUUUUAAUAAAGUUUCUGAACAAAAAGAAACUGCUGGCCUACAGAAGCAUGGAAAUGGUUGGUAAAAUAUGUCUGUUGAACAAUAGUUACAUGCUUGAUAGCAUUUUUAAAUUAGUGAAUGAGACUGAACAGUUUGUGAACUUGGAUUUGAACAGUGUGUUCAAGGCAAUGAUUAAACUUUUGAAAGACCCCUAUACAGCAACUCCCACAAGAGUCAAGCACUUACUUAACUUUGCGUCAACAAUACUUAGAAAAACUGAUCAUGUUGAUCAAGGCUUAUCAUCUCAACUUAUUCAUUUAAUUUGCAAAGACGGUUGUCCAUACAGUAUUAAGGAACUGUUAAAACCUUUACAUGAAUUGUAUGUUCAUUUGUCUAAUAAAUGUAAACUUGAAGUUAGUACUGCUAUUAUGAGAGUUUUUGUUAAAAUGGCAAUGCAUAUGGAUGCUACAGCUUCUGUAUUUUUGCAUCAUUUAUACAAAUAUUGUGUAUCACCUUCAAUCGUUAAUGGAGAAACCCACGGUCCGCAUGUAUAUUCAAACUUGUUGUUUUCUGAUGAGUUUGAUUAUAAACUUCUUUUGGGCAAAUGUGUUAACUUCAUUCACGUUGAGGAUGUGCACCAAAUAAUAGCAAACUUCAACCACAGGCACAGUGGAUAUCCAGUCUUAUUGGAUUGUUUAUUAGAAUUUGUUGAGUAUAGGGAGUUUCGUGUAUUAACAGACUACAUUAUUGAUAAUUAUGAUGAUUUGGGUUUUCACACUUCAACGCUUCACUUGCUACAUGCAUAUAACAGAAUUUUAGGAAACAUGGAUGAAUACUUCCUAGAAGAUGUUGACAAAUUUCUGAUUUUACGGGAAAAGAUUUGGAUUUCAUUAAUAAAACAAACAUGUGGGUUGAGAAACAUAAGAAUCUGUUUUGUUUUGAUUGAUACGUUGAAAGAUCUUGUUGAAGAGGAGGAUGAAGAACAUCGGAAGAAUAAUGUUUUGUCUAUAGCCAGUGCAAUGGCAUUCAAGGCUUUCUCUGAACAAGCCUAUUAUGACGGAUCAGUUUUAUAUUUGACAGAAUUUGCUAUUGCAUUGAAAAAAGAACCACCCCCUAAUUUUAUGGCUUUAUUCGAGAGAAUGGUCUAUGAGAGAAGUUCCUUGAACUUAUUAAAAGAGCACUUAGAUAUGUUGAUUCAACUAAUAUCAUUGUUGGGGACUAUCGCAUUGAUGAAUAGACCAAGGGUUCCUGUAGCUGUCAAACUAUGUCAAGAGGCAUUUAAAGUAUACGAUCCAUUUGUUCGGAUAAUAGCAGUGAAGACUUAUUAUACUAUUGCUACUGAAAUAACACACGAGUUCCCAGAAAUAAUAGCGUUUUGCUUCAGCCAAGUCAGUUCAUCAGACACCUCAUUGGCCAAAGUAUGUCUAACAAUUUUAGAAGAACUGAUUAAUAAUAACUACAUUUCUCUAAAUGAUUACGACUUCAUGAGGUUUACACAUAGACUUGCUUCGAUUAAUCUUGGUCCAUUUAUGAAACAUCUGUUAACUCAGAGAUUUCUGGUGUCAAAUAAGCAUGAUAUUGGUCGCUUCUUCAUGCAUACUUUGAUUUAUAUUAGUGGAUAUGAUAAGUUGGAUAACUAUCCAAUAGAUGUUAGUUAUAGAUAUAAUUUAGCCACUAUGAGAAGUCUGAUGGAUGGUCCAAAUGAGCUAAUCCAAUUUCUAUUUGGUUCUCUACAAGUUAAAGCUAAAUUUAAUGUUUUACGAGAAAUGAGCUUCAUAUUUGACUCCAUGGUAACUGGAAUAUGUAGAGUAAACGAUGAGUUUUUCAUUUAUUUCCGGUUUGCUUUAUAUACUUUCAAAGUAAUGGCAGAAAAACCAACUUAUAAUUAUAACUCUGGACUUUAUGGCCAAGUUUGCCGUUUCAUUGAUAAGAGUAUUUUGAAUAACGAACCGAUAUCGAGGAAUCUAACAUUUUAUGGCGAAUUUGAAUCAGAUCUGAAAAAGUGUACAAGCACAUUACUUGCCUUGCUAAAUCACGUAUAUAAUGACUCACGUUUGGAUGAAUAUUUGUUGGAAACUUUUGACACUGUUGCUUGUUGGAUUACACAUUUCAAAAAUGAGUUGGUCCAGUAUGUCCAGUAUGAGAAGUUUAAAGAGUUUAAUCAUCCUAUGGGCAGAAUGAUUCUCAUGUUUAAGGCUCUCAAACCUAGAUUGGUACAUUUUAUUGAUUCUCGCGAAAGGUCAGAUUUUUUUGUUGCCUGAUUUUUUCUGCAAAAAAAAGAAAAUAUUUUUUUAACGUUCGUUAGUUAGUUAUUUGAUAAUCGUUUUAAUUAUCCGUGUGGAUCGUUCAAAAUAAUCCACCAGGAAAGCUUUGAGCAACGAAUUGAAAUUGAAAGAAUUGCUACAGAUGAGAAAGCCUCCCUACAUUAAUACAUCACAUACAUACAAAUUGUGUGUGUCAGUUAUAGUUUGUAUUUCUUGUCAGCUAUUGUUUUGUAUUUCUUGUCAGUAAUUGUUUUGUAUUUCUUGUCAGUUAUUGUUUGUAUUUUUUUGUCGAAUGUAGCAUUUGCAAUAGCUAGAUUUCUGUUCGACAUGUAUAAAUAACCUAUCAAAUGCGGAUACUUUAAACACUCGAUAAUGAGUUGAAUCAGUUUCGAGUUAAACUAGUUUUAAAUGUGUAUUUUUAGCUACAUUUAAUAAAUGUUUUGUUCUUGUCUCCCUAGGAUUUUGGCAUUUUGUUGAGGUAUGUAUGUAUGUAUGUAUGUAUGUAUGUAUGUAUGUAUGUAUUAUUAUUUGUCCAAGUCAGUAUCUUUAGUGGGUGCAGAAUAAAAAAUGUUUUGAGAAUUUCAUUUGCGUGUUUAUAUUAUAGUUGAUUGAACCCCUUUUAUUUUCAGAUGAGUCGACCUGUGCAGAAAAGUUGGUUGCCUUAAUUAUGUGAUUUCAAUUUCAUUAUUUUUAUAUAGGUACCUUUAUUUCAAUGACUCUAUGAACAGUCAGCCAAUGAAGUAAAGUCCUGUAACAUUUAAAUAUAAAUAUUUUUCAAUUAUCUACAGCUGAUAAACUAUAGAGCUAAUGUCAGUCAAAAAAAUACCUAAUAUUUUUCAAAAAAAAAAAAUUAUCUCGGUUUUUAUAGAUGGAUGAAUCUUUAAUUAUUUAUUGGCUGACUGGACUUUGGCUAACUGUUAAUAAUGGAUUCAAUAAUAUAAGCUCUCUCAUAUUUAUUUUAUUUAUUUUGAUGUAAAUGUACCACCAUUGUAAAGUGUAAAUCUUUCACAUUCUGCUGUGUUUUCUUAAACAAUUUCUUUCAAGAUGCUUUCAGUUUCGCUUUUAUUCUUUGAAAUUUUCACCACUAAAAAGUGUGAAAAAUCAUCCAGUGUAACUUAAAAGUAUCUUCCUCCAUUUACAGUGCUUGAAAUUAUGGAUCCACAAUUAAUAAUAUUGUUACAACACAACCUGCCUGUUUUACAGGGGCGACAUGGGGGUUGAUGGACAGAAACUCGUUUAAGUAGUAUAGAAAGUAGAUCAAAUCAAAUCAAAUCAAAAUUUGCUUUAUUAUCGAAGAUAUACAAUCUUAUUGACAAAGCCAAACCUAAAUCUAUAAACACCACAAUGACAAGCCUUAAAACUAGUUAUAUAAAUGGCAAUAAAAUAAAAAUCGAUAAAAAAAUAUAACGUUUGCAUAAACUUAAAAAACAAACUGAUUAAAAUAUAAAUACACGGUCAACAUUGAAAUAGAGAGAAUGCGAAAAAUCAGUCAUAAAAACAAAAAUUAAACAAUAAAACCAAAAAACAACCAAGCAGUGACCCAAGGUAGUGACUCAAAGGCCGGAUGAAAAGGAACAACGAUUGCCAAUUUCAAAAAAGGACGAAAUUCGCCUCUCUCAAAUGAAAGGAUUAUACUUUCAGGCAACGUCAAUGAAGCACCAUCAGGAAGACAACGGAGUAUUUUGAUAGACAUACCAUCCCAGCCAAAAGCAUUUGACUUCCCAAUAUCUGAGAAGAUUCUCCGAAGCUCAGUGUACUUAUUAGGAUUAUGAACAUUCCUUAAAAAAUGUUAAAAAUCAUGAGAGGGGGACAACCUAUGAGAAAUCCUGGAAGCAAUUGAGCAGUAAUAAGUGUUAAGUUUGUUAGAUGAUAAGGAUGAUAAACUAGAGUCAGCCAUAUUGGGGUUGUAUUUGCCUUGUGUCCCUCUGACUAUUGUCACUUUCCGAAAGCCUGCCCCUAUAAUACACUUGAUUUGCCAGUUUAAUCACUUGUCUAUAUAUUGAUCUAUAUCUAUUGAAAAACGAAACAAAGAACAAACUAUUCAUGUAAUACUUUCUUAAGUAGUGUAGGCAGCGCAUAUUGCCACUAGAAACCUUAAGGCCUUUUGUUAUCCAGGGCUUUUUUUUCUUAUUUUUUAAAGUCUUUAUUGGAAAAGAUGUAUUGAAACAGUUUGCAAGAACUGUUUGAAAAGUAUAUAGCGGAUUUGCAGAAUGCAAAACACCAGCACAAUUAAUUGCUUGGCUACUUUGCACAAAUCUUUGAAAAUUUUUCCUUGUAAACAAUCUUCCUUUUCCUAGCGUUUUAGAACAAAUCCUAACUUUCAGUCUUAAGUCUACAAAAAUUGCUUCAUGAUCAGUUAAACCAGCAUUGAUCACCUGGCAUUCCACUUCACUCUAAGGCAAAUUACAACAUAAAUAGUCCAAUAAGGUAGCUGAGUGCGAAGUUAUCCUGGUAGGAGCUUCAACGAACAUAUUCAGACCAAAAUUCUGCAAGAAGCCAUCCAGCCCUCGAACAUAUCUAUCGGAUACAUCCAGGAAAUUCAAAUUCAAGUCCCCACACAGCAAGAUUGUAGACUUAAGAGGCAGCUGAGACAACAGUGUUUCAGCUUUUGACAAAAAGUCGUCCUUAUCGCCUGAUGGAGAUCUGUACAAACACAAAAUAUAGAAAUUCCAACCUGAGCAAUACACCAACGAAAAUUCAAAGAUAGAUAUAUAUUUGCCCAAUAUGUCUCUUACAGAUCCUUUAACCCUACAGCAUGCAUGACCCUUUCUUAGGGGGCCACACAUCAACGCUGCCUGGGGGACUAUCGGUCUAUUCGUUACACAACUGUGCCUAGUGACCCUUAUGCCUUGUCCAGAGGAGCUUUCCCAACUAGAGGUACCGGCGCUGGACAACGAUACCCAGAGUGGCUUUCCCAACUGGAGGUACAGGCACUAGAAAGACUUGAUUCCAGAGGAGCUUUUCCAACUAGAGUUACUGGCGCUAGUUCAAGUCCACAAAUCGCAUUUGCAUGUUGUUCAUUCUUCAUUAUUUAAAAACUGAGAUCUUGUGGGUUUUCCUUCAACAGAAGUUGAACAAAUUUUGUCAAGAUGUUUUACUCCAAGUUACAGCAUUGCAUCAUCAUCAGCAUGGCCCAAUCUUUUGUGGAAAAUUUCGGCAUCAUCAACUGUGACAAUGCAUCAUCCUUUUUAAAUUAUCGAUUUUUUUACAAAAUUAGAACAUACACUACAGUCCGUUUUUGGUUUCACAGUUUCACAUGUCAUCAAGGCAUGUCGUGCAGUAGACUUGGAUGUUGUUCUGUAAGCUGAUAAUUGACGGUGAAUAGUAUUUUCUGAUGUCCCUAAUAAUUUGGAUCAAAAAAAGAAUCUUUACCAGAAAAUAAUCGGUUGUCAAUCUUUAGGAUAUUAGGUUAUUAUCUGUGUUCCAAAGUAAAUAAAUAAACAAAUAAAAUCAUAAUAUUGGUGUUUUAUUAAACUAAUAAAAUAAGGAAUAAAUAUUGACCUCUACUACAUUUUUUCUUCAUUAGUAUCAAACACUCAAAUCACACUUCAUUGCCAUAUUGCUUCCAUUUCAAUUUUAAUUUAUAUACAGUUUUUUUUUUAAAUUCGAAUUAUAUGUCCCAUAAAACCAUUACUAGGUUUAACGUCCGCUUAAUUUUAAAAUGUAUAUUCCUUGCUUCAGAAAAUAAAAACCGAAUGAGGUUGAAAGUAAUUUCUAAAUAAAUAAAUUAAUACUAGAUGUAUUGGUUAAAUAUUAUUGACAAUAUUAAGUUUGAAAACAACCAAAUACAAGAACAAAAAUUAAAAUUCACUAUGGUAUAAUUCUGGCACAGUUGAUAACCCGAUUACAAAGUAUAAGUACGCUUAGCUGAAGGUUUAUUAACAUGGAAUGUAUAAAUAAUAAAAUUCCUCUUCAAAGUCUUAACAAUUCUCAUAAGUACCCUAAUAUUGUAGCGAGAUCACUUACGAGAACAAAAAUAUAAUUUACAUUUGCAUUGAUAUUACGAAGAUGACGCAACUAAAUUAUUGUUCUUUGAAGACAAACUAAUGCAAGAAAAGUUGCUUUUGCAAAAAUAUCUGUGUGCAAAAAGUUUUGACCUGUGUUCUGCUACAUCAAAUUUAUUAUAAAGCAAAAACCAAACUGCUGAUUGUUUAAGUAAAUUGCCAUGCGCCUUAAAAGACUAACUAUUUUCAACUUAUCUCGGCUACAGAAUGGAGAUUGAACCAAUACCGCGGAGAUUUUAAUCCACCAAUUAAUGAUAACAGGGCAACGAAAAAAAAACUAUCUGCAAAUGAUAUCAGACCUUUUCAUGUUAGUGACAGAACGUCAAAUCGUUUGGUUUCAAUCAGUUUUUUCUAGUUGAAAAAAUGAUGAUACACCAGCUGGGCAAAAGCUAAUAGCCAACGUUUAGAAAGAUGUUGGAUGCAAAUAUGUAAAACAUAAUAAAAUAUAGAAUUUGCUUUCUAUUUCUAUAUAUCAAUCAAUAUAUUGAAGCAUGAAAAGCGAAUCCACUGUGUAAUAUAAACCUAAUGUUCUGGAUGCAACCCAUUGGGUGUUUAUAAAACAGUUCCAUCAUCUAGGUAAGCAGUUACAUUGAAAGGUCUAAUACAAUUUGUCACUAGUUUUUCCCAAGCUUAGACAUCAUCAGUUGCUGGAUUUGAAAUCCUCACGGUAUUAGUUUAAUCUCCAUUUUGUAGCGUAGAUUAGAUGAAAAUAGUUAGCUUUAAUUCUCCUGCUUGUUGUUAGGCUUGAUGUGCCUGAGCUCAAUACCGUUUCCAUCUUAAUCGAUUGCUCGAUGAUACCCGAAAUAGGAAAGAACUAGUAAUCAAUGGAAUUACACAUUUUAAUGAAGCUCCCUUAUAACUGGAUAUUCAACUUUAUGUAUAUAUGUUAACCAGAAGGGCUAUGAUGUAUCAAAAUGCAGUGUCUUUGGUCAACAGUUUGGUUUUUGGAAUUAAAUUUAGAAAAAUAGAAGUAAAUUGUUAUACAAUGCAGGCUACAUACUAUUUUAAAUAUUAAGUGUUUAUUUUUAUGUAAGAUGCAGUCUUCUAUGCAAUUUUCUAUUUAGGAUGGCAAAACACUCAUUAUAGGUAAAUGUUUUGCAGCUUAAUACUGACAAGGAUGUGGAAAUCUAAUUACGUUGCUGGAUAAUUUUAUAUAUCAAGACUGGUUUCUAGUCCAAGAAAAAUUAGUUUGGAUAAAUAAAUUGAUCCAAAGAUUCCUAAACACACUUAUCAGUAAAAUGCCGCAUACUACAUAAUUAAAAAGUGUUUGAAUUAAGGUUUUUAUUGUAAAAUUAUAAAUCUCAAACUUUUUCUAAAACUAAAAUUUGUGUAAAAUUUAAAGCCAAGUAUGAAAUAAUGCAAUUUCAAACUUUUAAACGAUAUGUGUAUUGUAGAAGUAUUUUUGUUACCUAUCUAAUAAAAUUUGGAUUGUAUCUAUGUCAAUAACUGAACCUUCUAGUAAAAUUUGCUACCAAUUCGACUAUCUAUGAGUAUUUCAGUAAAAAUUGUUCCAAAUAUUGUUCAAACUUGGGACGUCUCUAUAUUAUUAGCAACAACGGUUUUUUUUUUCAUGCUUUUUUGAAAUUUAACUAUUGAGCGGCCGGGGUCUAAAUACAAAAAAAAAAAAAAAAAAAAUUGAAUAUUUUUUCAAAAAAUAAUCUGAGGUAGGUACUUGCCUUGAUGCUUGCUAGACUUUGUACGCAGGGAGGUCUUAGUCCCAUAAUGCCGCAGUCCUUCGAAUGCCUCAGUAUCACAGGUGGUUCGUUGGAUCGGCCCAUGGUGCCCACGGCUGAUUGCACUGCCCGAUGUGGAUCAAAACCGGCGGACGGGUUCCGACUGUGGCAUUUGAUGACUGUUUCGGUACCGUGACAAAAAGCCGUAGUGCACUUGGUGGUGGUAGCCGCGUCACCCGAAAACGUUUCAGCUUGUUCCUCAGGGAUGCUUUCUGAGUACAAGCCGGUCAUGGCGUAC